AUGACAGAGAGACGUCAAUCCAACGAUAAACAAGCGGAAGAGGCAACUGUUGGGCUCAGCUCAGAUCUGAGAACAUUACAACAGCUUACCUCUUCCGCCGAAGCUGCCAAAAAACACCGAGAGCAGUCUAAGGAUGAGAGAGCAAAACGAAAGUUUGAGGAAGCAGUCGAAGAGAUGUUCAAGCAGGUCGAAGAAGAAGGUCCCGCAAAGGCCAAAUAA